AUGAGCGCUCAAGUGGAGGUGCAGGACACGGGCGGCGCAUCCUCGCUGUCCAGUGUGGCCACGCUCUGCAACUCGGCAAUCGGCGCCGGGGUGUUGUCUCUCCCCUAUGCAUUCAGCUGCGCGGGCCUGGUGGGCGGGCUGGUCUUGUGCAUGGUGGUGGCGGCGGCGGAGUCAUUCUCUCUCUACAUACUCUCAAAGUUUGCUGAGCGGUAUGACGCCCACAGCUACGGCAGCCUGGUGAUAAUUGGGGACACAUUCAGCUCCCUGGCCACCCAGGCAUUCGGAGCUAGCCUCUACACUGACCGCCGCUUCAUCUUGCUUGCUGUUGGCGUGGUGCUCAUCCUGCCCAUGUGCUUUGCACCCUCACUCUCUGCGCUGGAGUGGGUCAGCGCUGGGGCGGUGAUUGGGUUCCUUUACACCAGUGCGGCCAUCGUGGUGCUGUCUCGCGCAGACCCCUGGGCGGGCGUCAUCCUGUGGCAGCCCAACCUGCGUGAGGCGCUGUACGCCGUCAGCAUCCUGGUGUUCGGCUUCAACAGCAGCGCCAACACAGUGUCCAUAUUUUCAGAGCUGGACCACUACCCACACCGGUUGGUCGUGCUGCUGCCCCCAAGCCCCACGCAGUACGCGUCACUGCACCGCCUGGCACCACGGCCCUACACUUACAAGCUCAUAGGCAUGCUGGGCGUCAUCAUCGUGGCCAUGAGUCUCAUCGCGGCCGGAUACGUGGCUGUGGGUGUUGCUGGGUACGCCGCCUACCCAACCACCGUCAGCUCCAACAUUCUCAACACAUUCCCGGCCAAUGACACGGCCAUGCAGGUUGCGCGCGGUGUGAUAGGGCUGAUGGUUCUCGGCCACUAUCCCUUGAAUUUCAAUCCCGCGCGCCUGGCCAUGCGCGACCUCAUGGCCACGUUCUUCGACGUCAACAUCAUCCCCCCGCUGGCCAUGGCCGCGUUCACGGUGCUGUUUGUGGGCGCGACGCUCGCCACUGCCAUGGUGGUCACCAACCUGGGUUCUGUCCUGCACCUCAUUGGCGGAACUGCCGCCACCUUCAUGAUUUUUCUGCUGCCUGGCCUGCUGUGCUGGAACGCUGCCGUCAUCAAGGCCACAGAGUCGUACCCAGAUUUGGCCGCAGCGGAGGACGAGGACAGUGGCGCAGAGGCGGCGCGGGCUCUCAUCCCCAAAAAGGCGGGCCUGCGCACCGCGGGGCCGCUGGUCCUGCACUCGGCAAAGUCAUGGCGGCGGCGCGGGCCAUUAGUGAUCGUGUCGUAA